CUGAGCACACGUUGCGGUGCUGCCAUAUUCGUGGAUGGAAAAGUGUGUAAAGUGGCUGACAGCUGGUUCGACAUCUUCGGCCAUCUUGUAAAUCAUCUUUCUUUUCCGGCGUACAGUCUUAUAGUGCGGACCUGUGAAUUAUAUAUUUACUAAAUUUCACAAUGGCUGAAGUAGAAGAUCAACAAUUCGAAAACUUCGAGCAGCCAGCUGCUGAGGAACAAACCGAACAAUUCGACCAAGAAGAAGUUGAAGCUGACGCUUUGGUCUACAGCACCACCGCUGAACUUCCAGAAAUUAAAUUGUUCGGAAGAUGGAGCUGCGAUGAUGUCAAUGUAUCGGACAUGUCAUUGGCCGAUUACAUCGCUGUCAAAGAGAAGUACGCACGUUAUUUGCCACAUUCAGCUGGUCGUUAUGCUGCCAAGCGUUUCCGCAAAGCACAAUGCCCAAUCGUUGAACGAUUGACCAACUCAUUGAUGAUGAAAGGUCGCAACAAUGGCAAAAAAUUGAUGGCAGUUCGUAUUGUGAAGCAUGCCUUUGAAAUCAUCUACUUGUUGACCGACAAGAACCCACUUUCCAUCCUCGUGGCCGCUAUCAUCAACUCAGGACCACGUGAAGAUUCAACACGUAUUGGUCGUGCUGGUACCGUUCGUCGUCAAGCUGUUGAUGUGUCACCAUUGCGUCGUGUCAACCAAGCUAUCUGGUUGCUCUGCACCGGUGCACGUGAAGCUGCAUUCCGUAACAUCAAAUCAAUUGCUGAAUGUUUGGCCGAUGAAUUGAUCAACGCUGCUAAGGGUUCAUCCAACUCAUACGCCAUUAAAAAGAAAGACGAAUUGGAACGUGUUGCAAAAUCAAAUCGUUAAACAUACCAACCAAACCUUCACCACACACUUUUUUACGCAUUUUACGAAUGUUCUUCGUUUAUUUGUCUGAAGGAAUUCCUAUAAGCAAAAUGGGCGUAAAUAAAUAAUUAACAAAAAAGAAACAAAAAAUUGAGAAAA